UACAGUUUUUGAACAUGGCCAGCGUAUUUAUGAGGAUAUUCAACUUAAUUUGUAUGAUGCUGCUAAUCGGACAUUGGUCGGGAUGUUUACAAUUUUUAGUCCCCAUGCUGCAAGGAUUUCCCCCUAAUUCGUGGGUGGCCAUCAAUGAAUUACAGGAAGUGUCCUGGUUAGAGCAAUACUCCUGGGCCCUAUUCAAAGCAAUGUCCCACAUGCUUUGCAUCGGUUACGGUAGGUUUCCGCCCCAAUCGCUCACCGACAUGUGGCUAACGAUGCUCUCUAUGAUCUCUGGAGCGACGUGUUACGCACUAUUUUUAGGCCACGCCACCAACUUGAUCCAGAGCUUGGACUCGUCGAGGAGACAAUACAGAGAAAAGGUAAAGCAAGUUGAGGAGUACAUGGCGUACCGAAAGCUGCCGAGGGAGAUGCGCCAGCGCAUCACCGAGUACUUCGAGCAUCGCUACCAGGGCAAGUUCUUCGACGAAGAGUGCAUCCUGGGAGAGCUGUCGGAGAAGCUCCGGGAGGACGUCAUCAACUACAAUUGCAGAUCUCUGGUGGCCUCUGUACCUUUCUUCGCGAACGCCGACUCGAAUUUUGUAUCCGAUGUUGUUACUAAGUUGAAAUAUGAAGUCUUCCAACCUGGUGAUAUUAUAAUAAAAGAAGGAACGAUCGGUUCCAAGAUGUACUUCAUACAGGAGGGAAUCGUCGACAUCGUGAUGGCGAACGGUGAGGUAGCGACUAGCUUAAGUGAUGGUUCCUAUUUCGGUGAAAUUUGCCUGUUGACAAACGCCAGAAGAGUGGCGUCCGUCAGGGCGGAGACUUAUUGUAAUUUAUUUUCAUUAUCCGUGGAUCAUUUCAACGCAGUACUCGAUCAGUACCCCCUGAUGCGACGCACAAUGGAGUCAGUGGCGGCGGAGAGGCUGAACAAAAUAGGAAAAAACCCAAACCUCCUCGCCCAUCGAGAAGAAGACUUAGGUAGCGAAAGUAAAACCAUAAACGCCGUUGUCAACGCUCUAGCUGCAGAAGCAGACCAUGUAAAUAUGUCAAACGAAUCUGUAGCCCGACUACAUUCCAGCGAUCGAGACAUUCGAGAACUAGGCUGGAAUCUACAGAAAUUAACCCUACCACGACCCAAAUCAGAAAAUAAUUUCGCCUCGCAAGAUAUGUCAUUGUUCAGGAGCAGCGAAAACAACGGAAGGAUAUCUUUCCAUAAAUCUGACACUUUCCACAAGGAAUCGAGCUUACAAUGACGGCACUCCACGCACUAGUGUUCAGUGUUGUCAGAUCAACUGUGCCAGAUGCCAGUGCUCACUGUCGCCACAGCUGCACUCAUUCUGCGCACAGACCACCAUUGAACUGGCCAUACACUGCAUUAGUGCGUGCAAGAUCAGACAGCAACUGUUCAGGUACUCGAUCAAAUUCGUGUGAUAACUGAACAAACGAUAAAAUGAACAACUACAUAUUUUUAUUUUUAGCAAUAAACUUUUAAACUAAGUACAUAAUUAUUAGGAAAACAUACAGGAAAUAACAGUACUCUUCUACAGUUCUGUGAUACUGCUAACAAAAGAAUGUAUAUAAUAAUUUUUUACAUAAUAUACAUAUUUCAUACCGAGUGUCCCAAUUUUUUUACGGCUUUUACGCUGAAACUUUUGAACAUAUUUAAAUUAUAAUAAUUAGGAAAUCAGAGUCUUAUCGAUAAGUUUUUCUUCCAAGGUAAAUUUUUAUCAAAAAAACAAUGGGUUUUAAUUGAAUUGCAUUUAUUUGGAAAAUUAUUUUUGAAAGAUUUUUAGGUUUUAUCUCCAUCUUUUGUGUCGUCUCCAUCAUUGAAGAAUAUCGCUAAACAACCAGGAUAUUUUUUUCCUUCAAUACCACGUUUUUCUCUAUUUUAUUCUUACUGAUAAAUUAAGGAAGUUAAUACUUUUCGGGAUAUACCAAAUAUCCCAAUGAGAAUUGAUUUUAGUCUUUCAUGGAUGAUGGUUGGAAGUACUUUGCUCGCGUGUGAUAUCAAUGCUACUGUACGGUAAUUACUGCAAUCUGUCGGUGAACCUUUUUUAUAUAUGGGAAUAAAUAAGAGUUUACCCCAGUCAUUUUGUCACUUUCCUGUAUUCCAAAUCUCAUUUCAAACACUAAGCAUUAGUUCAGUCUCUAUUUCUUUGAGUGUUUCAGCUGUUAUUCCAUCUUCUUCUUCUGCUUUUAUGAAUUGUAGCUUUUUAAUUGCCGCCUCAAUUUCUGAUUUUUAAAUUUGGGGUUCUUUUUCAUAACUUCUUUUCUCUGUAUUAUUGUCUAAGUCGUUGUUUGAGAAUAGUAUUUUGCAAUAUUGUUUCCACACCUCUGCGAUACCGUCUGGAUUUCUUAUGGUAUUUCCACUAUUAUUUUUGAUGAUAUGUAUCUGCGGUUUAAAUUUUCUUGCUAGAUACUUGACUUUUGAGAAAAGUUCUCUAGAUUCUUGGCGGUCAGCAUGUUCCUCUAGUUGUACACAUAUGUUUUAAAUAUAAUUAUUUUUGUCCCUUCUUACAAGUGUUUUAUAGUUGUAUUAAUGGUACAUAUCUCUAUUUCUUUCUGUUUUUAAUUUUAUGUGCCGUUUCAAAGUUUUCGCCUUUCUUCUACAAGAUUGGGAGUCUUUUCAGUUAUCCGAUGUUUUUUUCUACCUGUUUUGUCUUUGGGAUUAGUAUUGUUGAUGGUUUCCGUGAUCCAUUUUUUUGGAUAAUACUUCUACUAUUCACCAACUAUCUGCCUUCAAGAACAUCAAUUCAGAGCCACUGUUCAUCACCUGUUGAGUCCAACUUCCCCACAUAUUCUCGUAACACCUUGGAUAUCAAAAAGACGAGAUUUUUCUGGACAGUGUUUUUUACUGAUUGGAUAUUUGGAGAUUUAACGCAACCAUCUUAGCGAUACUGGUCCAGUGGUGCAGAUAUUUCUUAGGUUAUGUGAUGUUAGAAGUAUUUUCUUCAAGUUUUCGUUUAUCUAUCAUAUUUCACAUCAACUGUUUUUGUUCUUGUGGCGUUGGUUUGGUUUGAUGAAGCUGAAAAUAUUGGUGUUUUUCUUCAGCGGAUAUGUCCUGAGGUUUUAAAUGUACUUUUUUUCUUGUUUCGCCGUUUAUGCAGUAUUAAUGUAAUACAAAAUGUUGAAAUUUUCUUGUAAAGCUCUGUAAAAAUGUUUGGGACACUAUGUAUAUACCCUAAAACUUGUCUGAAUUUUGUUUGUAUAAAUACUAGUACAUAUAAAAACUUCUCUAGCCUUAAGGGUACAAAUUAUCAUACGAAAUGCAUCGAAUUCUUGUCAGGUUGCUGUUAUCUGUUUUUAUUUUAUUAAAGCAAUAAGUGAGAUGGACACUUCGCUAGAAUUGUGCAAUAUUAGAACUAAUAUUAAGUUUAGCUUUAAUCAUUUAGGUGCUCAACAAAUUUGUAAUGGAUACUAGAGACUUCACAAACCCGGUUUUUGGGUACUCCCCGUCACUGUUUUUGCGCUGCAUCGUUUCUUAGGUGACGACAACUUAUUAUUAUAUUUGGUAAUGUAAAAAUAUUUCGACUGCGGUUAUACAGAGGAAGAAUAUAAAUAUAUCUAUUGAUUAGGAGGAAUUCAAAUAUAUAUUGCAUAAGAGAAAAUCGAUAUCGAUUAAGAAUUUAAAGGUUACUAAUAGAAGUUUAAUGAAAUCUCUUUUGUUUUUGUAAAAAUUGACUACUAAAGUCCAACGUCACAAAAGUGGAUCCAGCUUAGCAGCUUUUCCAAACAAAAUUGUAAUAACAGCUAAAAGCCCGUAGCACUUACCUAUUUUACAUUUACAUACAUUUUGUAAAUAUAAACUUAAAACCCUAACCUCAAAAUUUUAUAUUUCCCAAAACUUACUCUAAAAGUUACUUCAGAAUGAUUUGUUUAUUGAUAAAUCUUGGUUAUAUGGUUAGUUUAUAGAAAAUGGGCACAAGUGCUCACAUUUGCAAUAAAUUUGGGAAACAAAUAUAUUAAAAUACAUGUUGGGCGUUAUAGCAUGUUAUAAAAGAUUUAUUUGAAAACGUUCCUAACCUCAAAUUCCUAAUAUGACGUCACAGCUGUAGUAGUCAAUUUUUUUCAAAAUAUUCUUUAUAGCAAUUUUGUGAUUAAAUAUUUUUUAACUUAUUUAUUAGUGAUAUUAGAUUUUGGAUCCUAAUUCCUGUUACUUUUACGAAUUAAAUCAUUGACAACCUACCAUUAGGAAAAUAUAUUUAAACAAAUCGUUGAUUUAGAAUAUUCUUAGUAUUUGUAGGUAAUUAUUACUUUUAUCUUCUUAGGUUUAGAUUUCUAUUUCUUCUGGCCUUAUUUUGAAAUAUCUGAGCAAUAUUUUUCUCUAAUUUUUUACAAUGUUGAGUGUUAGUUAAAAUAUUUUGGAUGAAAUUUUAAAGGAAGAGAAGGUUCUAAAUACUAAUUAUUUUGCUCACACAACAAUCGUCGUUAUGAUUUGUUUGUUAAAAUCCAAAGCUUUUUCUACCACUUUUAAAAUAUUUUUAUAAUUGGUUUUGCUCUAAGUAAAUCGAUCGCAUUUUGAAACUUCAAAAUUGUCUUACAUCUGCCUUUGUUAAAUUAUUGUUUAGUUGAAUAUUUGAGUAUUUUUUGCCUUUUUUUGCUCUAUUCGAAGUAUUUUGCAUGUCUUUUGGAAAACAUAUUGUUUAAGGUUAUGUAAUUGUCUAGUCACUGCUUAUAAUAUGUAUAGGUAUCUUUACUUUCUUUUUAUUGAAAAAAACAAGUUUACUUAUUACUUUAAUAUCUACCAUAUUUUAUUUUCAUUAGUUUGUUUUACAGGUUAUGUAUAAAUUAAACAAAAAUAGCUGGUGUUUUAGGAUCUUCUUUUCCGAAUGAAUAAAGUAAAUUUUCCAAAUGAGUAAUUUUAAAAGUAUUACGUUGCAUUAAUUAAAAAUAUCCUCGUUGUUUAACUUUAGAUACAUAUUUUCCUGAAGCAACAAGGAAAUUAAUCGAUUAUUUUGUUUUUAAAUCAUUGAACGGGUUGACUAAGUUAAGAAAAUUCUUCUUUGUACCAUAAAUAUAAACAAAAGGUAGGUGCUUUGUACUCAAACCCCAAUGCAGUAACCAGAAUUGCACAAAUACUGUACCGAUUCCGCGAAUCUGGUACAAAUUAGAGGAAUAUAUACGACACGACCCUGUUAUCACAACUGUUUCCUUCCUACAGACAAUUCUUAUUCCCUGAUCAAUUGUAUAUACGAAAAUACCUUCAUUUUAUAUAAAAUUGAAAACGUAUUAAAAAUUAUAUUAGGAAACUUGCACACAUUGUAAACGUAUUAGCUUACUACGGUUGGAUCAAGCACAGGAGACAAUACCAGCUGUUCAAAAGAUCUACUUUUUACCUAUUGUUUUCUAAACAGAGAUAGAGUCAUUCAUAAUGAGAUGAUGUAGUUGUAAUUUAAUAAUGAUCUACUUGACUUUCGUGAAUUGGUCAAUCAUGGCAUCUGUAUACAACCUAGAUAGCACGGCAAAAUACUCGGAUCCAUAGAUUAAUGUUUAACACUAACUUUGGGUACUGUAUAACCAAUUUAUAUUGCUUUAACAAUCCGGACAACCUUCAUAAACGUGUACGUUUUGUUAAUUGAACAAAUAACUUGUUAAGCUACAUAUUUGAAGCUGAAUACUCGCCAUGAGUAUUCCUUCCACAAAAAACUCAUUUAUUCUUAUAUCGGUAAACUCGUUUGGUCUGUAAACUUUCUAAAAUAUUAAAAUAUUCCAUAUAUUCAAUAUACACGAACUUGCUCAAUUCACCAAUGUCUUCAUUAUCACUAUUAUCCUGUAAUGACUUUGAACGACUAGGUGUUGUCUCGUAUGCAUCUCGACCGUAAACAAUUUAUAGGCAAACGACUCAAAAAUACAGCUAUAAUUUGUUGCUUUGUUAUUGUUUGGGACGUAUACAUGAAGUAUCUGGCUACAAAAAACUGAGAUCAAAGACAUAGCGGUGGUUUUUGUCUUUGUCCUGCGUUUUGCAAUCUACUCUUAUUCUUUCUAUCAAGUAAUGUUUGAAGAGUUAAUUGCUUGCACGUAAAUAUUUAUUAAGGCCGUGUAGAAAUGCAAUAAUUCAUCGAAUCUAUGACUAAUGUGUAAUCUGGCAACGUGUUAUGACAUCAUAAGAACAGACCGUAUUAUUGAUUGUCGGUUUUCUGUUAAACAAUAUCAAAACUUGGCUUUGAAGCACAGAACUUUUAUUGUUGCGUGGAAGCAAAAUAAAAAGUCCGACAGUGUACGCACAAAAUGUUUAUUAGUAGCAAGAUUGCGUUGCCAUAUUACACGAUGGAAUUCGUUUCGCAGAAUUGUUACAUAUAUAUACGUACCUUAAUAUUUUGUAUAGUUAUGGCACCUUUUUUGGAUUACAUGCAGAGUUUAGAAAGCAAAAAUUAUUACCAACAACUUUUGGAUCUUCAAAAUUAUCUACUUCAUGUAUACUUCUUCGCUGGACUCUCGUAUUUUCCCAUUUUAUGCGCAAUUUGUAAAAAACAUAUCUCUUUACAUAAAGAUAUUUUUCUUCUCAAUGUAGACAAAAAUAAGCAAUAUUUUUAAAAGGCAGAAAGCGGACAAUAUUUUCUAGCAAUGUUCAAAUGUAUAUGACGGAAUUGUAACUGAGAAUCAGAUUAUUGCGAAAUAGGGUAAAGUGGAACUGACUAAAGGGAUGUAAUAUUUUUAUUUGACAUUAGAAAUUCCAUAUUUUUUGUGUUAUUUUUUUACUUUGUAGAUAAAUAAAACAAUUUUAGUAAUAAAUAAAGCAUGACAUUUC